UGGACCUGAUUCUCAAAACCAAAUUUUGGCAGGUGAGAUUCUCAAUUUUUGGUAUAAAAUGAUGCAAAAUUUCAAGAAGGACAUCAAAGCGAAUCAGAACUUUCUAAAAACAAGUUUACAUUCAACCAAAAAAUUCAAAAACCAAAAAUUCAAAAACCACAUUUUUAAUAACAUUUUCACCAAAUUAUUCAAAAUCAAAAUGGGAAUUACCGCAGAAGUCAACAUUUUUGGUGAAGUCAAUCUUGACAUUCUAGUUAAGUCUAAAUCUAAGACUCAAAAUAAAGACAAGUCCUCAAAGAAAAUUAUGGACAUUAAAAACCAACCUGACACUAAAUCAAACAAGAGAAAAUUGGACGAAAACUUGGAUAAGGAAAGUAAGAAACCAAAAAUUGAAGACAAUCGCUCAAAACUGAGCAGCAAAUCCUCAAACGAAAAGACAAAGAGCUCGUCAGAAGCUCCAAUUCAAAAUCAAGAGGUUAAUUUUAAGAUUCCAAAACUAAGCGAUAAAUCAAAAGUAGAAGGAAAUUCAAAAUCUUCCUCAAACGACGAAAAAAUUAAGGACCGGUCAGUAAAGAGAGAUGAAAAAUCUCGAAAGCCUGAAAAAGUUCAUGAAUAUAAACAAAAGUCAAAGGAAAUCUCAAAAGUUCGUGAAAUUUCUGGUAGAUCAAAUUACAUCAGCAACAACAAACCAAAGGAAGAGACAAAGAAACCAUCUUCAAAACCAAGGGAAGAUGUAAAGAAAUCUUCCUCAUCAAGAGAUACAGUUGAGACUAAAAAGAGACAAAAAUGCGAGAACCGCGUUAAAUCAGAAAAGGAAUCUAAGAGCACAAAGCCAAAGACAGAACUGAAGAAAUCAGAGGUUCCUUCAAAGUUGAAGGAGAAGAGUAGUCAGAAGACUGAAAAAUCAGAAAAAGAAGUAAAGGUUGUAAAACCAAAGGAAGCAUCUAAGAAGUCUUCAGAAAAAUGUAAAAACGAAGACUCUAAGAAGGCAUCAGAAAAGCCUAAGUCCGUCAGCACAAGAAACCCAGAAUCAUCUAAGAAUUUGAAAGAUUCGGAGAAGUUGAAGAGCUCCAAAGUUGAAAGUUCAAAAACUGUCACUGAAAUUACAAAGAAUGAAACGUCUGAGCCAACGAAACAGAAGGAAACAUCUCAAACUGUACAAAAAUCAGUCGUUGAAGCACCAAAACCUGAAAUCAAGCCAAUUGUCAAGUUUUCAGCACCAAAAGCUCCAAUUUCGAGUGGAAAAUUGCAAAACUUCAUGAAAAUGUAUGAGCAAUCGAUGAACCACAACGAAGAAUUCAGCUCAUCGGAAGACGAAGAAUCUGAGGAUGAAAUUCAACAGGAACCUCCAAAAGAGAGGAUUAUAUUAAGAAUUAACACUUCAGCGUUGAAGAUGAAAAAGGUUGAAGAACUUCCAACAAACCCGCAAAAGGCUUCCAACAAACCAAUUGAAAAUCAUCAAUCAAUUGAAAACGUAAGCCCAAUGGAUGUUGAAGAAGUAAAACCAUCAACGAAACAAAUUCCUCCAAAAGAUGAAGAAGAGUUCUUAAAGCCAGUUCAAAGAGUAGAACAACGCCAGUCACUUCCAACCACAUUCAACUGUCCAAAAACAGUUCAAGUGCCACAGCAUUUAACACAAAAGUCAGAAAUUGAAUCAUUGGAAGUUGAAGAAAACUGUUCAAAUCCAAAACCAGCUCGUAAACGAGUUGAACAUCGUGGAUCGUUCAACGGAGUAAAUACUCAAAAUUCAUCUGAAAAUCAAACCUUAGCUCCAAGAAUUGAAGAACCAAACCGAAGAGUCGCUAAUCGUCAUUCAUUGGGAGAAAUGAAUGAAAUUAGAAGAAAAGUAGAACAGGCACAAGGAGUCAAAGGUCAACCUCAAAAGCAGCUUUUUGGAUACCCUCGACAGUAUGAUGUCAGUGAAAUAAAGGGCGAAUGGAACCGAAGUAUUGAUGAUAGAUUGAUGCAGUUUACAGAUGUUCUUGAUCUGUCUAGAAGAUCAGAUUCGUAUCUACAAAUUUCCCAUAAGAAUCCCCAAGAUGUUCCCCGACAAUUUGUCAACUCACGAGAAGGAUACAAAGCUGCACAACCGAUAUCACAAAAUUCUAGCAGAGUUCCCCAAAAUCAAGCUCCAAAGACAAACAUGGAAAUUGUUGAACGUAAACCAAAUGGACAGAACAUGAUACAACAUCCAGUACUAAAACCUGAAACAGUCAAAACUAAUCCACAAAAUAUCCGAAAUAUGCAAGCAAAAGUUACUGGACCAGUUCAACAUCAACCAAAACCAGUUCAUAAUGUUCGACCAGUAAUAAGACCAGCUAAUCAAAUCCAACCAGCAAUAAGACCAGCUAAUCAAAUCCAACCAGUAAUAAGACCAGCACAACUAAUCCCACGUGCAACACAACCCACUAGUCAGAUUCAACCUGUGAUAAGACCAGCACAGCUAAUCCCGCUUCCAACGAAACCAGUUCAACCUCCAAGAAAACCAGCUCACCAAAUACAACCUUUCGUAAGACCAGCACCUAAAGUCACAAAACCAGUAAACCAGGUUCAAAAUUUAUCAACAAGUUCUGAACAACAAGUUCAACUUCCAACAAAACCAGUAAACCAAGUUCAACCUCCAACAAAACCAGUUCAACAAGUCCAGCCUCAAGCAAAUCCAAUAGAUCAAGCUCUUGAAGUCAAGGAACGUCUUAAGGAAGCAUUUAAAAAUAUUAGCACCAAGAAAAAGGAACCAGUUAAGAAAAACUCGAACCAAAAGCGUCUUCUUAACAUUGGCAAAAUUCAAACUGCAAUCAGAAAGAAUAAUCAAGUUAAGGUUCAGAAUAAUCAACCAAAAGUGGCACAGGACAAGCAAUCUCCAAUGGAAAAUCAAUCAAGAGAGAUUAAACCUAUCUCAAAAUCAACAGAAAUGCUUAAACCAAUCGAAGCUGUUCCUGCAGAAGUACCCAAAAUUCAAAAUGCUAAGAAAUUGGAGAUGCCAAUUGCAUUGGAUGACUUAGAUGUAUCAUCAGACGACAGCGAUGACUCAUCAUCAUCGUCAUCAUCAGACAGUGAUGAUUCAUCAUCAGAUGACAGUGAAUCUGAAGAAGAAGUCGGUAACUUCGCAGCAGCAAUCGAAAAUAUGGUUUGGGGAAAUUAAAUUAAAAUGUAAAAAAAUUUGUAAAUAAAAAUGUAAAUAUUUUUUAAUAAGAACAA